AUGGGUAAGGUUAUAACAGAUACGAUAAUCAUAACCUCGGAUAAGUGUGACAUUAUUGACAACGAUAAUGUUGAAAGAAUCCAGGCUUGGUUAUCCAAGAGUAUUUUAAUGAAGUUUCAAAUCAAUGAAAGUGAACCACUACAAUUAAUUAUUUUGAAAAGGUUCAAAAGAAUACUGUUGAUUUGCCCCAAUCAUGUCAUAUCCCAGCAUGUUAUGGAUGCGUCUCAUGCUUCAGAGGUGGAAAAGUUCAACUUUAGCUACUCCUUGCAAGACGGACACAAAAAUUCAACUAAACAGUACUUAAAAGUACCAGAGAGUGAAAAAAUGUUUCUGAUAUCACCUCCGGCAUCACCGCCUCCAGAAUUCGAUUUCACUAAGUGUGAGGAUGCGCCACAGAGGCAUGUACAGAGUCAUAUACAACGGGAGCAGCAGCAACAGAUGGAGGCGAGUCAUCUGCUGCCUAACAACCCAGACAAAGACAACAAUGGUACUUUCACGCUUCUGAAAUCAAAGGUGGGCGCAAUUACGAUUGAUAGAUGCCCCACAAAUGGUGGAGAUGGACAGAUGCAGUUAGCAGAUCACGUUAAAACUGCUUUCCCACCUAAAUCCAUAUUUGAUACCGAUGACGAUGAUGAAGAUGACGGGACGAUGUGUUGA